AUGAUUUCUUGGUUGGGUUUUUAUAUAAUGAUAUUAAUCCCCUCCAUAAUAAAUGGAUCGGAUUUAUCAUUAAGACUUCAAUCUAAAUUCAUGCCUACAUCAUUUUCACCUCGAAAUAUAUUUGAUACUCAUAAUAAUCCAACUAUUAAUACAAUAAAUAAUAACAAAGAAGAUCAAAGUGGCAGUGGUGGUGGCAGUGGUGGUCGUGGUGGUGGAUUACCACCUUCUCCAAUGCAAUUUCCCCCAAAAUUACCAUUUCCCAAAUGGUUAAGUGAUUUUACUGGAUUACAUGAAUGGCCUGAUUUAGAUCCACCUUAUAUUCCAUUAGAUUUUAUUGAUUUUAAUAAAAUUGUCAAUAUUCCAAUACAUAAACAAGGUCAAUGUCAUGAUACUAACAUCAAAACCAAAACCAAUACUAAUAAUAAUAAUAAUAAUAAUCAAUCACCAUUAUCAAUUUUACGUACACCUAAAGCAUGUUCUUUUGAUUGUUUCAAUUGUGUUGAAAUUGAUGAUGUUUAUACAUGUCCUAAAUUACUGCAAACAUUUGAUGAUGGACCAUCAAUGGCAACAUUAAAAUUAUUACAAUCAUUUAAUCAAACGGGAUUAAAAACUACAUUAUUUACUUUAGGAGUAAAUAUUGUUAGAUUCCCAGAAAUUUAUCAACAAUGUCAUUUAUUAGGUCAUAUAAUGGGAUCUCAUACUUGGCUGCAUAAAUUUUUACCAAGUUUAACUAAUCAAGAAAUUAUUAGUCAAAUAGAAUGGUCAAUUUGGGCUAUGAAUGCUACUCUGAAUCAUUUACCAAAAUGGUUUCGUCCACCUUAUGGAGGUAUUGAUAAUCGAAUAAGAAGUAUAUUACGACAAUUUGGUAUGCAAGCUGUAUUAUGGGAUUUUGAUACUUUUGAUUGGAAAAUGCUUGGUGGUGAUAGUAGUGGUGGGACUACUUCAAGUAAUAAUAAUCGUCGUAAAGAAGAAGAUGUUUUCUCUGAAGUUGAAAAAUUUAAAUUGAUGAAAAAUAAUAAAGGUUUAAUAUUACAUCAUGAUGCUAUACAAAAAACUGUUGAUGUUGGAAUUAUGAUUCAUGAAAAAUUAUUAAAUCAUGAUCAAUUGACUGUACCUUUAUGUGUUGGUGGUAUUGAUUAUAUUAAAACUUUCCCAAAAUGA